CUUAUGAAACUAUGUUGGAUACUUCAGUUAAAUCUCAAUCUUUUUAAGUGUUGAUUUGACCUACUGGCCCUUUAAGGCAAAUCAAGUUCAGCCAAGUAGCCCAUGUUGAUAGCAGACUGUUGAGUUUCGUUUUCCAGGGAAUGGGAAUAUCCGAGUCGAGUAGGUGCUACCGCGCUGGGGCUUGCAAGUUGCCACUGAGAAGGAAUGAACGCUAGAUUUCGGACACGAUUUGGUUCUUCAGUCUUCAGAAACGCGUCAGUUGCUUUGAAUUCAGCGAGACAGAUGAGAAGUAGGUGUUUGUACAGGGCCUACAGCAAUAACAACUCAACUGCAACAACAAUGGGUAUCAAUAAGAAGGCUGUUGCUGGUGUUGUGGGUGUCGCAGCUGGUGCAGUUGGAGCUGUUGCCGCGGCACCUUUUGUUCUGACAGCCGCGGGUUUCACUGGAGCUGGCAUCGCAGCAGGCUCUUUCGCUGCCAGCAUGAUGUCAGCGGCUGCUGUUGCUAACGGAGGUGGAGUCGCAGCCGGGAGCUUAGUGGCUCUCCUCCAGUCAGCAGGAGCGGUUGGAUUGUCUGCGGGAGCUACAGCUGCCGUGGCAACAGCAGGGGGUGCUGUGGGCGGAGCCCUGGCAGGUGCAGGCGCAUGGAUGCAGGGCGUGUUUGGAAAGAACAAAAAACCUCCCAACGAUGCCCCAAAGCCUCCCAACGAUGCCCCAAAGCCUCCCAACGAUGCCCCAAAGCCUUCCAACGAUGCCCCAAAGCCUCCCAACGAUGCCCCAAAGCCUCCCAGCAACAAGAAGCACCCCAAGAAGCAUGCCAAAGAGGGCUCCAUAGACACCACUGAUGAGUCUGAAGAUGAACAGGAGAAGAAUUUCAAAACCUCUGAAAUAAAGUUGAAAAGGCAUUAGUGACCACCAGUCAUGAGCUACCAUCA